GGACUGCCCAAUAUAUCACGAUCACUCACUGGCACUGGCGCAUUUAACAGACCAAAAGGUAAGUCAGGAAUCUUCAAGGCUUUAUCAUUUACCUCAGUGUUACCUUUCUGCUCUUUUAUUUUCAUAAUUAAUAGGAUGUCUGCAUGCAAGCCCAAGAAAAUUGGAGGAGAGUACGGCGCCGUUCGUGCUAACAUCGACAUCGACAAACUAAACGCCUAUCUCGCGGAGCAUGUCCCAGCGGUAACAGCUCCAGUUGAUGUGAAGCAGUUCAAAUUUGGUCAGUCCAAUCCUACCUACUUCUUGACGGAUGCGAGACAAAAGCGAUUCGUAUUACGCAAGAAGCCUGCUGGUCAGCUUGUCACUUCAACAGCACAUCAAAUAGAACGGGAAUAUAGAAUGCUUACUGCUCUGCACAAACAUAAUUUGAAUCCCUCGACCACUCCAAAGCAAAUUGUCCCUGUCCCAGAACCAUUUGCGAUAUGUGAAGAUUGCAAUAUCGUCGGCACCCCAUUUUACAUCAUGCAAUACCUAGAAGGAAGAAUAUUCACUGAUAGCAGAAUGUUGGAGGUAUCACCUCAAGUGCGAAAAGAAUGCUGGCUUUCUGCGAUCCGCGCUCUCGCAGCUCUCCACAAUCUUGUUCCUGCCAACGUCGGACUUUCCAACUUCGGCCCAUCCAGUGACUAUUUCCCCCGACAGCUCCGGUCCCUCACUCGUGUAGCAAUUGCGCAAUCAAAGGUGGCUGACGUAGAAACCGGAGAGGUGGUCGGAAACAUACCUUUCUUUGAUGAACUGGCAGAAUGGUACAGGCAGAACUUGCCAGACGAGAGGAAGACAGGUCUUCGUAUCGUCCAUGGCGAUUACAAAUUGGAUAACAUAAUGUUUCACCCCACGGAGAAUCGUGUAAUUGCGAUAUUGGAUUGGGAGUUGUGUACUUUGGGUAGCCCGCUAGGGGACCUAGCAAACUUCACACAACCUUGGGCAGUCGAAGCCAAGAACGUGCCUACAAAUGCCAUUUACUCCCAGUACAAGCUCAUCAAAGGAUUCAGGAACACAACUUUCGAAGUUCCAGUACAGCUAGAUGUUAUUGAGCGUGAAUACUGCCGUCUCACUAAUCAACCAUACCCAAUCACGGAGAUGGUGUUUGCCAGAAGUUGGAUGCUCUUCCGACUCGCAGUGGUUUCGCAGGGCAUUGCGGCGCGAUAUGCUCGGAGACAGGCAAGCUCCGAACAAGCUUAUGUGCAUUUGCAAUUGUUCCACCUUGUGGGUAAAUUAGCCAAGAUACUACUGGAAGACGAGGGUUACAAGGUUGGCGUAAAGUCAAAACUAUGAUGUUUACUAGUAUGUACUAGAACUAUAUAUUACUAUUUUCUCACUUGCGUGUUCGAUGUCCCUUGUGUGGAUCAUGGAUCACCUUCACGGUCAUAGCACCUGGAAGCUGACCAAAAGGAUGAUAUUGUUGAAACUGUAUGGUAUAAAUGGCGCCGACAUACAAGAUACAUUGCAUAU